GCGGCUGUGACCGAGCUACGAUCCAACGACACUUGGUCCGUGUCCUUGCGGAAAGAUGAACACAUUGUCAUCCUCGUGUGAUAUAAUUCGCGAUAAGAUGUCAUUGACGCGUUUGUUUGAUCACAGAGCGACGUUACGUAAGUUCAGAGACGCGAUUCUUGGCCUUGUGCUUUGAUCAUUUCCAUUAAAAACUCCUGGAUCGUGAAUCGCACGCGACUCGAAGCGAGCUGCUAGCGAAGAAGACGAAGAACAAUCGAGGCGAGCUCAUGAUGCUUCCUCGGAGUUCCUCGUGGAAUCGUUCGGGCCUUUCUUUCCAGCGAGUUUAUCGAUUUCAAUCGUUGAUCCGGCAGCCAAAUAUCGAGAGAUAAAGCGAUCGUUGUCCCCCGGAGCGAGAUAAAACGAUUCUCCUGGUAAAGCGAAGAAAACUGCUCACGGAUUAAACGCGACGACCUCGAACGAGUGCAUGAUCUCUGAUAUCAGAUAAAAAGUGAAUCAGUGUUACUACCGAUCAAUCAUACCUUAGCAAUCACACCUCGUUGCGAUCACUGCUAAUGAAACAAUAUUUUCCACCAAGAGAAAAUCGACCCAAUCGAUCAUACGCGAGUUAACCAAUCCGAUCAAUUCGCCUCGCCUUCUAUUUUUAUUUGCCACACACUCGCGACACUUGCACCUCUAUAGAUAAUCCGCGAACGCACCCGGUAUAUUUAGCUGCCAAAUGGAGUAAAAUCAAGUCGAUCUUGGCCCUUUGUGAUGGUUCGAGCGCGGACUAGUCCACUCGACGAUCUGCCAUUGAACUUUGAAGCGGCAAGCAGCCAACUCGCCGAGCGUGACACGAUCGAUCGUCCGCUCGGAGAACGGGACGGAUUUCCGGGAUCGGGACAAAGCUGAUCGGCGAGGAAGGAAGAGAAGGUACGGGGGAACGAAAAACGUAGGAAAAUUGCGGGAUUUUCGCGGCAAUUACGCGCCGCGACGUCGCAGUCUUGGGCGCGAACAGAAGCGUUUGACGCUCGCUAUCUACUCGGCGAGAAACCACGUGCACUCGCGGCGCUCGGUGCCGACCGGUCUGCUCUGAAAUCCACGAAUCGGAGAAGCGAUUCGCGGCUAAAUUGGGGGACAAACGGAGACGGCCCGUGAUUUUCGGUCGACGAUCGUGUUCAGUCGGCGUUGGUCGCUCGUCAGAGGAAACACCAGUGGCGGACACUUGGAGCGCGAUCGAAGUUAGAGUGCGUGCGAUCGUUGUGCAACCAGCAGCCGAUACUCCUCGGCAAGGCAGAGAUACACCAUCGUGCCGCACGAUAUCGACGUCGCUUGUCACGUUACCCUUAAAACAACCAGAUAACGGGACGGAGUGAAAUUGGACGAAAGUGCCGGCGAAACGUGAACAUCGUCUGACAAACGGAAAAUGUUCGCCGUUUGGAUGGUGCUCGCCACCCUUCUGGCGUUCUCCAAUGGGGUCCUUGGCAGUCCUGCUGUCAGGCCAACCGACGAGCUCACCAUCAGGAUCGUCCACACCAACGAUAUGCACUCGAGGUUCGAACAGACGUCGAAAUUAUCGAGUCCUUGCUCGCAGAAGGAAGCAGCGGAAAAGAAAUGCUAUGGAGGAUUUGCCAGAUUGGCGACUCUGAUCCGGGAAGCCCGUAAAUCGCCGAUUCCUUGCCUCUUCCUCAACGCUGGCGACACAUACCAAGGAUCUAUAUGGUACAAUGUCUUCAAAUGGACGGUGGUGGCCAAAUUCAUGAACAUUCUUGCACCGAACGUGACGAGUUUAGGGAACCAUGAGUUUGACAAUGGCGUGGACGGCUUGAUACCCUUCAUCCAGAACAGCACGUACCCCAUAGUGACUUGCAAUCUGGACCUGAGCAAACAAGAAAACCUAGCCGCAACGAAGCUAUUAAAUAGCACCGUCCUAAACGUAAAUGACGUAAAGAUAGGUGUAAUAGGCUACCUGACAUCGGAGACCAAGAUAAUCUCCACGGCGGAGAACGUAAUCUUCCUGGACGAGGUGGAGAGCAUUCGUAAAGAGGUGAAAAAGCUGAAAGAACAGGGCGUAAACAUAUUUAUCGCUUUGGGUCAUUCUGGCUUCGAGGUGGACAAAAAGAUCGCUAGAGAAGUGGAAGAUAUAGACAUAGUGAUUGGUGGACACACAAACACCUUCCUUUAUAACGGGAAACAACCGGACGAAGAGACACCAGAGGGCCUCUAUCCAACGGAAGUAAAGCAAAAGAGCGGAAGGAAGGUCUACGUAGUGCAAGCUUACGCUUACACCAAGUAUCUUGGUAAUUUGACGGUGACCUUCGACCGUGAGGGAGAAGUGAAUCAUAUCAAUGGUAAUCCUAUACUCGUGGACAGCAGUAUCGAAGAGGCAGAAGAUAUUUUGAACGAAUUAAAAGAGAUGAGAGGAGCUAUCGAUAAUAUUAGCCUAUCGAUCGUUGGAAAAACUCGGGUUCUGCUCGAAGGAGACAGUAAAAUUUGUAGACGAAAGGAAUGUAACUUGGGCAAUUUAAUUACGGACGCUAUGAUUGAUUAUAAUGCUGGUGAAUAUGCAAACGAAAAUAGUUGGACAGAUGCUGCAAUAGCUUUCCAGAAUGGUGGCAGUAUUAGAAGUUCUAUCACAAGAGCUAAUGAAGAUAAAGUUACUAUGGAAGAUGUUCUUAGCGUGCUACCUUUUCAAAAUACAAUCGUAAAAGUUUCAAUGACUGGUGAGAUGAUCUUAUCUGUAUUAGAAUGGAGCGUUUACAAUCUGGACAUGAAUCAUACCGAUAAUCUCUUUGGAGCAUUUGUGCAAUUCUCUGGACUGCAGGUCGUAUAUGACUUAUCCCGACCAAAAAAUUCAAGAGUAGUCUCGGUAGAAGUAUUGUGUUCGUUUUGCAAUGUUCCGACAUACAGCAAACUACAAAACAACCAAACUUAUAAUGUACUCCUACCUGAUUUCAUGCAGAGUGGUGGUGACGGAUAUUCUAUGUUGAAGGACCUCAAAACAGAGUCCCUUGGUAUCUCUACAACAGAUACAUUACUGGAAUAUUUAAAGAAGCAUAGCCCUGUACAUCCUGCUGUUGAAUGGAGAAUUACCUAUGUACAGGAUCAAACGCAAAAUAAUGCGCCUAACAGUAUAUAUCGAUCUGUCGAAUUAGCAAUUUUUCUACCAAUAAUCAGUUGGUUACUAACAAGAUAGAUCUUACCAUAUUGAACAUAUUUUAAGAAACUGACAUUCAGUAUUUUGAAACUUCCUAAUUUAUAUUGAUUUUUUCAUGCACAUACUACCUUCUUCACUACCUCAAAUGUAUAC